AUGAGCCAGUCGACGCUCGAUUAUCUUAACAGUAUACCAAGCGAUUGGCCUAAUGUGGAGUAUCCGCUACAAGCUGCGGUUCGUGCAUCGACUGCAGGUCAAACCGCUAGCGAUACGGGUGUCGUUGGAAUACUACUCACUUCCGCGUCGAGCAAAGGAAACGUGACGAUCCAAUCUGCCGAUAAUACCAUCGCUCCGAUUGUUCACAUCGGCUGGCUUGAUUCCAAGGAAGACAAAGAAAUGGCCGUUGCAGCAUACAGACGCGCGCGCACCAUUGCAGCCAGUGUCUCUGCACUUGGAGACGAAAUAGCACCAGGAGCGAACGUAACAACAGAUGCUCAGAUAUUGGAUUACAUUAAGACGAAAGGCAUGAGCGCUAUACACCAUGGUACCUCGACAUGCGCAAUGGGGAAAAAGGCAUCGGAUGGAGCGGUGGUAGACUCGAAAGCGAGAGUAUUUGGUGUAAAGGGGUUGCGGGUCAUAGAUGCUAGUUCUUUACCUUUUCAGGCACCGGGACAUUCUCAGGGUGUCACAUACGCGCACGCGGAGAAAUUGGCACAGGAUGUCAUUGAUGCAGGAAUUGGCAUGUAA